UUCUUUUUCAUCUUUAAUUUUUUGUGUUAUCUAUGAAAUUUACACGAAAAUGAUACAUGUUACACUGUAUGACACAACGUAAUCGGAAAAUUAAAUAAGAUUGACUCACUUGACUCUAAAAACCAGAUUUACCGUUAUCGAAAAUGUUCGCGAGAGUAACGUUCUAUCCAACUUUGUUUUAUAACGUCGUUAUGGAAAAGAUUACAUCUCGGAAUUGGUAUGAUAGAAUAGAUGAGACCGUUAUAUUGGGCGCCUUACCGUUUCGGCGGACAGCUAAGCAAUUAAUUGAUGAUGAAAAUAUCAAGGCUGUCGUGUCAAUGAAUGAGGACUAUGAAUUGUCUUUAUUGUCCAACACGGAGAAGGAAUGGCACAGACACAAUGUAGAAUUUUUGCAGUUGUCUACAACAGACAUCUUUCAAGCACCUUCUCAAGAAAAACUGCAAGACGGUGUAAACUUUAUCAAUAAAUUCCGCAAUAUAUCAAGUAGGAAAUUAGGCGAUUCAAGUAUUAUUGAUGGUCAUGAACAACUUGGCACGGUUUAUGUUCAUUGUAAAGCAGGAAGAACAAGAAGUGCAACAUUGGUCGCAUGCUAUUUAAUAACAAAAAACAAUUGGACACCUGAAGAGGCAGUAGAUUACAUGCGAACGAAAAGACCACACAUAUUGCUCCAUACGCCACAAUGGUCCGCGCUAAACCUGUUUUACGCGAGACAUGUUCAAUCUAUGUCCUAGUUAAAAUUUUUAUAUAUUUUGUUGAUAUUUAUAUGAAUUUAUAUUAUCUAUAAGAUAUAUAAACAGAUUUAAAAAGCGAAUUUAUUUAGAUACUGCACUAAAUUUUACACAUAUGUCAAUCCGAAAAGAAGGAGAAUGAACAGAAGAAAUACAAUACAAAAUAAAUUA